AAACAAACGCGAAGGCCCAGUAAAAAUUCUUCAUCAUCAGCGGAGCGGUGCCGGUGGUGCUCAUGCCACUCAUCACCUCUCGUCACUAGCAGGAGGCGGUAGAGUAGGGUAGGGUAGGGUAGGGUAGAUAGAGCGAGCGAGAGGGGGCGGCGGGGAGGCAGAUGCGGGAGAUCCCACGGGGGGUCGCCGCAGCCGGAGGAGGAGGAAGAAGAAGAGAUGGACACGCCCGAUAGGCCCCGCGCCGGCGCCGCCGCCGGAUUCGAGGACUCCCCCGUCUUCAAUUUUAUCAAUAAUCUAUCUCCUAUACCACCUCCUAAACCUCAAGACUCAUCACAUAAUGUGCACCUAUUCAAGUCGUCUGACUUGGCUCCUGUUUCUUCAAUCUUUGCCUCACCCCAUGUCAAUCCACCAAAGGAAUCUAAACUUCUGAUAAGGGAUGAUUCUGUUCAACUUUCUCAAGAUUCAAACUCUCCUAAUAGUGUCAGAACUCGAUUAGGGAGUGCUAUUAGGUUGAUCAAAUGCAAAAACAUUGUUUCGGAGAAUUGCAGUUUCACCUGCCACCUAAAUCAGGGACCUAUUGAUUCUUCUGCCAAUAGAUCAAACUCUACAAGUAAAUUGCCUCAAACCAUCCAGUUUGUUGGUGACAGUUUAGAAUGUGGUAAGAAUCAAAGUGCUGAUGGUAAAAAAGAUCUUGCUAGAGAUCAGGAGAGCAUAGAACUAGAAGGCGUCCUCCUUGAUCACACUGGCCCAGAUAAAAUUGACUCAUCACAACCUGGAAGAAUCGUUCAUGAAAACCAACAAUGUGAACAACAAAAGGAUGGAUUUACAGCAUAUGAUGGGGAUUACUUGAUUACACACGAAUCAAGUAUGGAUAUGCUGAGAUUAGCCCCACCAUGUGAGGCAGAUACACAGUUAGUGAACGAGACACUAAACGCUGAUAAUGUGUUCUCUGGCAAUUCCUUGCUGACCGAUGGGCCAAGUGGCUCUUACAUCAACAAUGCUGCACAUGAUCCAAAUCUUUACUGGGAUGGAACGGUUGAAGGGCCCACGACAGAUUAUACCCCACAAUUGCUCUCUGGUGCUUGUCAAAGUCAGUCAGUGUCAAAUGAUCAAAUCUGUAAUGCAGUUGAAGAGCCCAGUGAUCACAUACCAAUCGACCAAAGUGCCUUGUCACAGAAUAUGCGUGGUAUGCGCAGGCGUUGCCUUUUUAAUGAAAAGGCUGGGGCUGUUAACAAAGCUGCCAAGAAGACCUCAGAUCGCCAUUCUGCAAAUACAACUACCCCCAGAUGCAAAACUAAUUCUGGUGAUAAGCCUGUGAGAACCCCUCCAUGUGCAUUGCCUGGUAUUGGCUUGCAUCUGAAUGCCCUUGCCCCAAUAUCAACAGACAAAAUAGUCCCCCAAGCUGCUCAAUCUACCAUAAAUCAAGCCAGCAACUUCCCCUGUGCUGUCAGUUCUUCAACAGCUGAACCAAAUAUUGUAAAUGAAGAUUCCUCUCAGGCAAUCGUGGUUGCAAAUGCUGAUGAGUCUGGUCAGGGCAGUCCAAAGAAGAAAAGACACAAGUUUGAUGAUGGUGAUGGGACUUCAUGCAAGCGUUGUAGCUGUAAGAAGUCAAAAUGCUUGAAACUUUACUGUGAGUGUUUUCAUGCUGGAGUCUUUUGUUCAGAACCCUGUUCAUGUCAAGGCUGUCUGAAUAAGCCUAGCAACAUGGAGAUAGUUCUAUCUACUCGAGAGCAGAUUGAAUCUCGUAAUCCACUAGCAUUUGCUCCUAAAGUGAUUCGCACAUCUGAGCCUGGUCAGGAAUUAGGGGAAUACCCUAACAAAACUCCUGCCUCGGCUCGUCACAAAAGGGGCUGCAACUGUAAGAAGUCAUCGUGUCUAAAAAAGUACUGUGAAUGCUAUCAGGGUGGCGUGGGAUGCUCCAUAAGUUGCAGAUGCGAGGGAUGCAAGAAUGCUUUUGGUAGAAGGGAGGGACUCGGACCGUUAAGCAUUGAGGAAGCUAAGCAGGGGAAUGAGGAAAAUAGUGCUUGUGUGAAGGAAGAAAAAAAGGAAGAUGAUAAUAAUCAGCUCGUUAUCUGCCCAGCUGCUAAUCCAGCUCCUGCUGAGAAUGUACUGACAACACCUUCAGCUAUGGAUGUCAGACCCUUGGCUUCCCGUCCACCUUCAAGCUCUAAGAGGCCACGGUCUACGACAAAGGCCCUCGGACAUCCUUCUCGACUAUGCAACUCUCAAGCUCCUCUGAAGACGGACACUCUGCUCUCCCCAUUUGAAAACUAUGCAGAAAUUAUGUUUGGGGUGGGUACAUCAGACAGCCUGAAAGGAGGGUUAUCUCCUCAAACUUCUGUUAAGGUGGUGUCACCGAAUAAAAAGAGGGUAUCUCCCCCGCGCAUUGGUACCGGGUUGUCUCCAAUCUGCAAGAGCGGCAGGAAGUUGAUCCUGAAAUCCAUCCCUUCAUUCCCUUCUCUCUGUGGUGAUGUAAAUAACGUGGAUACCAAGACCACCUCACCAGCUCCUUGAAUUCAUCAAGCAUUUGUCACUGAGGUCAUUUCAUUAGUUCCUUGUUGAUUCCCCAGAUGGCCAAUGCCUCGUAGCUGCACCAGCUCCUUCAUCCUUGAGAGUUUAAUGAACAUCCAAGGGACUUUUAUUUCUCCAGUUCAUUUUAGAGCCUGAUAAGUAUCAUGAUCAUCCUAUAGUGGACCGUUGAAUAGUAAUGUACCAAAAUACCCCCUCGAGAGCCUUCGGCAUGCUAGUAAUUAUAUCCACACCUGUGGAGACAAGAGUCCUUGUUGAGUUGCACAUCCAUGUUCAUCUGUAUAAUUAAUUUAUAUAUUUUUGAAUCUAUGUAACUGUAACUGAGAUCAAAUCAUCGAGCAUUAGAUGUACUUAUGGUCAGAAACCUUUUAAGAUUUAUAUGUAAGAACUUUGGGUAUUUUGGACCUUGGAGUAUGUGUUUGCCAAUGAA